GAGCAUGAAAAGCAACAUGGCCGUUUUGCACUGUGUUCUCCAGACACUUCACUUUCUUCCCCAGAGAGAAGAUUUUAUUUCAAAUAAAGCUGUUUACUUGGCACCUCUGGGCGACCCUUUUUGGAAGCGCCAUAGCCAUGGGUGGCUUUGGAAUCUCACUUCGGAGGCACAAGUUUGUCCUCCUCGUGCUCUUUCUUCUGCACAUUCAGAGUCUGGGUCUGGACAUGGAGAGUCAUCCUACCACUGAAGUCUGUGCUACACACACCAUCUCACCAGGACCCAAAGGAGACGAUGGUGAAAAAGGAGAUCCAGGAGAGGAGGGAAAGCUCGGCAAAGUGGGACGCAUGGGGCCAAAAGGAGUUAAGGGAGAACUGGGUGAUGUGGGAGACCAAGGCAACAUUGGCAAGACUGGGCCCAUUGGCAAGAAGGGUGACAAAGGGGAAAAGGGUUUGCCCGGGAUUCCUGGAGGAAAAGGCAAAGCAGGUACUGUCUGCGAUUGUGGAAGAUACCGAAAAGUUGUUGGGCAAAUGGACAUUAGCGUUGCUCGCCUCAAGUCAUCUAUGAACUUCGUCAAGAAUGUCAUAGCAGGGAUUAGGGAAACGGAUGAGAAAUUCUACUACAUCGUGCAGGAAGAGAAGAGCUACAGGGAAUCCCUGACCCACUGCCGGAUCCGGGGUGGCAUGCUAGCCAUGCCCAAGGACGAAGCUGCCAACACACUCAUCGCGGACUAUGUAGCCAAGAGUGGCUUCUUCCGGGUCUUCAUCGGGGUGAAUGACCUAGAGAGGGAGGGACAGUAUGUGUUCACGGACAACACCCCACUGCAGAACUACAGCAACUGGAAGGAGGGGGAGCCCAGCGACCCCUAUGGUCAUGAGGACUGUGUGGAAAUGCUGAGCUCAGGCAGGUGGAAUGACACCGAGUGCCAUCUUACCAUGUAUUUUGUCUGUGAGUUUGUCAAGAAGAAAAAGUAACUUCUCUCAUGCUACACAUUGGUUAUUCCCUGUGACUGCCAUUGCUGCUCUUUUUAUCUGUCCUUUUCUUCCUACUUAUGCUAAAUUUGUUCUGACUCAGGACAAGUGGAAAAUGCUAAACUGGGGUUUGGAAUCUUCAUCGCCCUGUUCUUUGGUGACAGUUUUAGACAUUUGUUUAUACAGUAUAGUAUUGAGCCAACAGCUUGCAUGGGUCUCAAGAGAGAGUUUGAAUUGUUAGUUGUGUGGGAGGUGAAAUAAAAUGUUCUCUUAGCAUUUGCUCUGUCCCCUCUCUCUAAAGCCCUAAUUGCUCUCUACCUGGCCCAGCAGAUAAUUGGGACAGUUGGUUGGUGAGGACUAAGAAAAUCUGUCAUUCCCAAAGUCAGACAUGUGGGGGGGGGGGGUCUUAAGUUUUCUAGAAAUGCCAAUAUAUUAUUCAUUUCGGAAUCCAAGAUCCCUAGUUCUUUGAUCCAUCAUCACCAUAGUCAUCCUCAUACUUGUAAGUCUCUCUUGGUCACAUAAGCAUAGAAACACUUCACCCCAAACCUCUAUAUGAGGCAUUUCUGUGAUGUCAGAGAGACCUAUUCCAGGCCAUAUAGAACCGGAACCAUACAGAAUCUUUUUGUACUUCUCACCUAUAAUUUUCAGUGAAGAGUAUCAGGUAGCUGCCCUGGCUCCCUUCCUUUAGGCCUACAACUUAAUCCCAGACCCCCAGAUGAUUAACUCUCUGACUUGAGGAAAAGGGACCUUUAGAAAUUAAAAAGAAAA